GGGCGUUUUGUACAAGUUUAGUGUUUAGUUAAACUGGUAUUACAACAGUGAAAGUGAAAAUGUCAGCAGGUUUUGUACCAGGAACGGCAGCACAAUGCACAACGGAAGUUGAGCUCUCUAUAUCUUGCAGGAAUCUAAUAGGUAAAGACAUAUUGAGCAAAUCAGACCCCAUGUGUGUAACAUAUAUGAAACCAUUUGGUGAGUCUCGUUGGGUUGAAUACCAUCGAACAGAGCACAUCAAUAACACACAUGAUCCAGAUUUUACAAAGAAAGUUCACGUUAUGUACCGAUUUGAAGAACAGCAGCCAAUAAAGUUUGACAUCUAUGAUAUCGAUUCCUCAAGUACAAAUCUUGCUGAUCAUGAUUUUCUUGGAUCAGCAUACUGCACCUUGGGACAGAUUGUGUCAAGUGGAAAGGUUCAGCUUCCUCUGCAAUCAAAUGCAAGUCAACCUGUGGGGGAUCAUCAAAGCUUUGUGGUUGUUACUUCUGAGGAACUCUCAUCCUGUAAAGAUGAAGUUAUUCUAGAGUUCAGUGGACACAACCUGGAGAAGAAAACAUUCCUGUUUUUCUUUGGACAUUUAAAUCCAUACCUUGUAUUCUAUAAAUCAACCGAAUCUGGAGAUUUCUCUGCAGUUUUCAAAACAGAGGUAGUGCAUCACACCAAUAAACCACAUUGGCGUCGCUUUUCAAUUCCUGUAAGGCAGCUUUGUAAUGGUGAUUAUGACCGCAACAUAAAAGUCUCGUGUUUCCAUUCAAGUUCAUAUGGAGGUGAUGACUCACUUGUUGGAGAGUGUAAUGUUACCUUGCGAACACUAUCUUCAGGCCCUUCCAGCGAUACAAAGCUCCAGCUUAUUCAUCCUGAGAAGAAGAGAAAACCAUCAUACAGACAUUCUGGUGAAAUUUGGUUAGACAAUUUUGAGACAAGGAAGAUAUAUUCUUUCAUGGAUUACAUUAAGGGAGGUACUCAGCUUCAUUGCACCAUUGCUAUUGAUUUCACAGGAUCUAACGGCAAUCCAUUCACUCCUGAGUCACUACAUUUCAUUGGUCCAAAUCCAAAUAUGUAUGAGCAAGCAAUACAAUCAGUUGGAACUAUAAUCCAGGAUUAUGACACUGACAAAUUGUUUCCUGUACUUGGAUUUGGAGCUCGUUUACCUCCUGAUGGCAGAGUAUCACACGAGUUCUUUGUCAACAUGAACCCAACUAAUCCAUAUUGUGAUAGAAUUGCAGGCGUUCUUGCUGCAUACAGAGAUUGUAUAAGACAGAUCCAGUUGUCUGGUCCAACAAAUUUUGCUCCAGUUAUAAAUCACGUUGCCAGGUUUGCAAAUGCCUACAGAGAUGGCUCCAACUAUUUUAUUCUCCUGAUUCUUACUGAUGGUGUCAUUAGUGACAUGCCACAGACCACUCAGGCCAUUGUGGAUGCAUCCUGUCUUCCAUUGUCUAUAAUAAUAGUUGGCAUUGGAAAUGAUGACUUUAGUGCCAUGGAGACCCUGGAUGCUGAUACUAUAGCACUGUCUGCUGGUGGCCGACGAGCUGUUCGUGACAUAGUACAGUUUGUUCCAUUCAACAAGUUUAUGCAUAUGGGUGAUCCCCAAACUGCUAGGCUCAGGUUAGCAAGAGAAGUGCUUGCAGAAAUCCCGCAGCAGUUUAUUGGUUAUAUGAAGGCUAACAAUAUCGUUCCAAAACCACCUCAAGAAAAUGUAGUUAUGCUGCCACCUGAUCCAACUCUUACAGCAAUAUCAUAAACAUUUGCAUUUCAUGUGUGUGUAUGUGUAUUUACAAAACUGGAAUGAUAAAAUUAUUACACAUUUAUUCCAAUGUGCUUUUGUUUGUUUCAGUGUUAUAAAAGCAUGUUAAAAUAUUUGUACUAAACAUUGCAAACUGUACACUUCAGUCCCACAAACUUUUUACCCAAUGUAUUGGGGUUGGUUUCAGCCGACUAAAUAGAUCAAAAUAAUGUGUUCAGUAAAGAUGUGUAUGAUAUGUUUGCCAGUUAGCGAAGUUCAUAAAUUAGAUUACAGUGGUGGUUUUGUAUAUCUCAAAAAUAUAUUUAUUGGAUAUUUUUUAUAAGUAACAAAAUUUCAUUUAGUGUGAAGUAAUACAUGAAUUAUUUAGGAUUCAUUUAAAACCUAAAGAAACAAAUGCUUUUUAAAAAAUGGAAAGUACUGGAUAGAGUAACAUUAAUAUGGAAAAGGUAGAUUGCUCUCACCAUAUAGUGAGCCACCGGCUCUCAGACAGGCACAAUUAAAAUGACUGCUUUUGGACAAAAACUUUGGAGACAGUGGUCUUGCAUGUGUGGGUUGUGCUUUUGUGAAUAUGUGUAUGUUUUCUAUAUCAGAAGAAGGACUUUGUCCAGCAGAUCAAAUAUUUUAGUUGCCUUAUUCAUUGUGUCUGUCUUUGAGUCAAUGCUGCCUGUAUGUGGUGAGUAGCAUUCUAGACUUUCAAAAAAUGCUUUUUCAUCUGUAUGUGUAAGACCUGUUCAGUAGGACUCGUAUGGUCACAGACCUGUGAUCACAAAGCUGGUCAGUCAAUGACACUGCCACAUUUUUUACUCGUUUUCUUUCUUUUUGAAAAUUUCAAUUCCCUAGUGUCUCAUUUUUUACUGAAAUUCUUCUUAUACUGAAAAUAGUUAGGUACUUAAAGUAAUCAAGGAAUGUGCGUUAAAGGAAGUUUUGCUCAUUAUUGCAGUUGAAAUAUUGUGGUAACUAUGGAAAGACAGUACUUGUUUCAAUGAGGGGUGUGAUUUCUUGAAUCAGGUUAUACAAAUUGAACACAUUGUCAUUCAGUAGAAAACUGCCACUAAGAAAGAUUUUAAGUCAUCUCACAAAACAUUCUUUUUUGAAUGUUUUAAGCCAAAGGAAAAGUCAGUAACAAAUUCUUACUUACUGCAUUCCAUAGUAUAGUUUGCAAACAAAUUUUCUGUCAUUUUUGGAAAUGACCACUAAAUGUACAAAAAGUUUAGACAAAAGAUUGCAUUUAUAUUUUCAUAAAAAACUAUUCCCUUAUUACACAUUUGAAAAAUUCCGUAUAUCAGUUAAGAAAAAACUGCCACAAUCUUUUCAUCGGCAUCAGUUAAAAGUAUAGCAAUCUUGGGGAAAGAAAAUCUCUGACAGUUGCAGUGGGCUUCGCAAGGCUACUAUGGGUGCCUGUCUCAACCAUUCAUGUAACACAACUUUGUAUACAUCUCUAUGGUAGUGCAGCUGUUUGAUCUUUACGGCUAAAUACCAACUGUCAGGUAUCUGUUUCUGCGGUCUCUAUUAUAAAUGCUAUUUGACUCGGCUUCCUGUCCGUACUUGACAAGAGUAACUGGUAAGGUGUUUCUCAUAUCUGCAUCCCACAACUCAGUGUCAGAGAGCUCUCCUCACUAAAACAACAAAACACAUUUAAUUCUUCUUCCUUUUACUGGGAGUUGAGUGUAUUAAACUCUAUCUUGGCCAGCAAACACAGUUUAUUACAGUAACAAAUAUGAUUAUUAUUGGGUGCUAGGCUGAAAAGGUAUGAGUAAAAGAAACCUUGAAUGAUAUGUUUUCAAGUUUGCAAACAAAUUGACAAAUUCAGUUUUUGCACAAUAUAUGGACAACUUACCUAGUCAUCAAGGCAUAUGCAGAAAUAGAAUCAUCAGCCCAUCUGGAUACACAAAAAUGCAUAAUCCACCAUGUGUGCCAAAGAACCUCAGAAAUCACGUGUAAAAUGAUGCAACUGCUCUCAUUCAUAUAUAAAUGAUAUAGUAGCAAGGAUUUGCACAUUGAAAUUAAUUUGUGCUUGUUAAGAUGGCUCAUUGUGGUGGUUAAGUAAUUCCGUGGUCAAGGUGGUUUGUGGCAAAUAUGCCAACAUGCCACUUAUCAUUUUAAUGAGCCGUCACCUCAAAAUCUUCAAUAGCAAAUAGCCAUGUAAUGUCUUCAUAAGACUGCAAGAGAGUGGAGAUAACUCUGGUUCAAUACAGAUUUGAAAGCUGCCAAGAAAUUAAAAAAGAAAGGUGGUAAGGAUAAAGAGUAAGACAGAUAUAAUUAACAAUAAAUACUGUACUCUAGUGGCUGACAACAUAGCAGCACACAUUUUGAAGUACUACUAAUGUCACAUAUUUACUAACAUGAGGAAAUUUCCUUACUAGAUUAGUGUGCAACUAAAAAAGAGUCAAAUGGUGGGGUGAGCACAGGAGUGAGAGACUCCACCAUAUGCUGGACCAGCCAGUAGCAUCAUUCGUUCAUGUGUCUGCAGUACGCACAAAGAUAAUUUGGAAUUGGUUUUUCAAGUCAUUGUAAAUAUCGGAAGCCCACUUAGGGGUCGUGGUUUCCUUAUGGCUGACAUAAUGUGCACACACAAGUACUCUGUUAACAAGUGGUACUGAUAGUUUUUGGAAUACACAAAUUUUUAAAGGCUAAGUCAAAAACGUGAAUAGUGGCCUCAUGGUUCAUACUCUUAGUGUUGCCAGUUGUUUGGGACAAAGCUGAGAACACAUUGGUGCCACCACAAAUUAUUCUCUCUCUCUUUGCAGAGAAUGCAUCACAAAUAUGCCUUCUAACUUGCACACUUCUCUAGCUGAUGGCUUAAGUACACUCUUUUCAAUAUUUCAUUCAUAAUUAUAAAUGUACUGUGCGGAUUGAUGUGCUUUCUUUGAGACUCAUUGUAGUCCUUGUGGUCUCCUUCUGUGCUACAGAUUAGUAUUAACGAAAAAAAGUCAGCUUCUGACUUCUUUCCUAAAAUUUUAAGGGGAUUUUUUUUUAAUUUAUCUAUUUAAAAUGGGGGAAAAUGCUGUAAAAAAACUUUUUCCCCCUGUAAAAUGACUUAUUUAGCCAAUUCAUAAGGUGCUUGCUACUUUAGGUGCCAUAUUUUGUAGAUAUAUGCUAAAUGUUAGUGCCAAACUGCCAGUGAAUUGAAUAUAUUUGUAUGUAUGUACAGCCUAUUUCUUCAGUUCAAAUGUACUAAGAUUGGGAAGAAUAUCAAAAUAAUCUAAUACUGUGUUUCAUGGUACUCCCAUUUGUUACCAAACCAAGCAUUCUCUGAUAAUUUUGAGAGACUCUUACAUGUAUACUUGAUGUUCCUGUGCAGUACAAAGAUGACAAAUGCAAUGGCUAUCAAACUAUUGAGAAUUACUUAUAUGUUUGUUUAUUGUAAUGGUAUAAACAUGUUUUAAAAAGCUUAUCAGAAUCUGAAUUUACUACAUCUUCUUAUUGUACAAUUUAAGACAUUUAAAAUUCACUUGUGUUAUUCAAACUAUCAUGGCUCUCAUUUGUAAAUAGUUUGUACUGCUAGUUGCAUGAAUAUUAUAUUUUUACAACUAAUUUAUGUAAAAAGAUGUUGAUAUAUUAUUCGUUCUGAUCAAUUUGUAGAAUAGAAUUUUAAUAUACUAUAGGUGUGAAUUCUCAUGUUACACCAUUCCAUGAAACGUCUUGUAGUAUUAAGAAUGUACUAUGCCAGUAACUAUAUCGCACAUUGUGAAAACAAGGUAUCUUGUAUUUUAAAUAUUGUUUAUUGUCACACACAGAGUUAUGUAAGUCCACAAUCUAAAUUUACCACUACUGGACUGUGUAAAGCUGCAGGUUAGGUGCACUUUCUAAUUUACACCUGAAAUAUAGCUUGUUACUCAUUGCUCAUUCUCAGAUCAUUUCCCUAUCUUUGAUAUGGACACAGUGUUCUUAGUAUGCUAUUCUUUUCAGUCUCAUGCACACUGUCUUAACUCAAAUCCAUAUAUACCUCCCCACUUUCUCCUCCCACCAUACACACCUCUCACCACCACACAAGAAAGAAAAAACUCUUGAUUACUUUAGCUCUGCCUUUAUGAGAGAAUGAAAGUGACACUUGAGGUCAGUUACCUUGUUUUGCAAAUUGAGCUCUCUGAAUAUGCGUCAUGGAUGCUUUCAGUCUCUAAAUUGCUAAUCAUUACGUAGGAAUUUUCCCAGUCUCUAAAUUGCUAGCCAUCACAUAGGAUAUUCAUCCUUGAGAAGACGGCCUAGUGGAGAAUGGUUUGGUCCCAGCUUUGGGGCUGUUUACAAAAAGGAAUCUCUCUUUGCAGCAGUGUGUAAGCCUGUGUGUAACAUUAAAUUUAGAUACCAAACUGGAUUCAUAAAGUUUCGUUCUGGCAGACCCUCUCCCCAGUAUGUCCAAACUGUAGAGGCUCUUCUGUUAACCAUGCAGACUCGGAACCAUUGCAGUCUUCAUUAAUAUGAGUAUUGGUGUUUUGCACAUGAUUGUGUCCAGUCUAACAUUUAACUUGUUAAGAGCCAUGAAAGGGUGAGAGAGGCUAUGAUACCUAGCAUAAUGUCAACAAAUUCAUGCUUGAGAGACCUUAAGUGGCUUUGUUAGACAGAGAUUUUGAGUGAUAUUCAGUAAGGACAAAUAUGAGAAUUGACGCACCCCUUCCAUAUGCAAACUUGUGAAAAAAUUCACCAGUCUGCAGUAUCUUUCAAAGAAUGAUGGAGAGAAUGCACAUUCCAUGUAUCAUUUGUAACGUAGCUGAUCCCUACAUAUGUCUUGAAAUUCUACCUCAAUUUGUGUCAAAAUCUGGGAAAUUUCGACUGAAGUGGUCUUGAAAGAUGAAAUAUGUUAUUCAAAUACACUGUUGGAAAGAGAAACUGGAAUGGAGCUUGCCUACCUUAUUUCUUUGACAGGUGUGUUUUAAUACUUUUUUUUUCUGUGAGAAUUAUUACGUACAUGAAAGCACAUUCUUCAUUCACAACCAGAAACAUUUUAUUGUAAUGUAGACAUAAAUAGUUUGGUUGUCUGUUUCAUAGUACAAAAUAUAUCCCCUGACUAUGUGCAUGUAAUGACUAGUGUAUCGUUUAUAACAAAUUUAUACUCUUGUAUUUCUUCCAUGGAUGAAGAUAUCAGGUAAUAGGCAUUGCAGACUUAUUUGUAUUUCAUGUAGUGAGUUGAUUCCUCAUCACACAAAUGUCAGUGACUGAAAUCAGCACAAGCUUUUCCUCGAAUUUUCCACUGCAAGUCACAUGUGGUUCACUUUUAUUGUUACAAAUCGUGUCAGCAGUGCAAUCUCCUACUGUCUAACCCCCCCCCCCCCUCUCUCUCCCUCUCUCUCCAAGAGCAUUUUUAUGCUAAAACUGAAAGACUGUAUUUAUAUCUAAGGGAAUUCGUAUCGUGCUUACUUCCCAAUAAAAAUUAUUUUAAUUCUUUGUGUAAAUGUAUUUUUCGUAUUACUCUAUAUGUACAUCUGCUUAUGUAUUACCAUUCAGGGUACAUUUUCUUGCCAGCUGAAAGUUUUUCUAGUUUUGCACUGACUAUGCAGAUAAUAGUGACUGAUAUGAAACAUUGUAGGUAGCAUAUAUUAAAACUGUUUAUGGUUUUUUGCACAAUCAGAAUAAUAGUCAAAAAGGGAUGAUCAAGGUAUGUUUGUUACAGUGUAUUAAAAAAUUUUAUGUCUCUUACAUUUCCUCUGUGCGCACGAAAAAUAUUGAAAUGAUAACCCCGCUUGAAUAAUUCAUUGUUUAACACCACUAUAUACUGAUCAUAGUGUACUGAAGUUUAUGAGCAAUAUUAGUUUGGUUAGUAUCCUAUGAAAUUCAGCAAAAAUGAUUUUGUCCAGCGUUUAACUACUCUGUUCAAAAUGUACCAAUGCAAAAUAUGAAAUGGCAUUGGACUAUUUUUUGAUUUACUUCUUGUAACUUCCCUGGGUAGAAAAUCUGUGUCACUUUUCCCAACCUUUGACUAUACCCUCAUAUCUCUCCCAUUUUUUUCAUUAAUACUGCAAGAAUAGGUUGUGAGUUCUGUUUCCUCUUCUCCACUCUAUUAGUAAUUAUGUUGUCACUUAUGUUGUCACCACUGUUACUUGAUCAGUAUUGGUAUGAUGAUGCAUAUAUUUUAUGUGCUUGCUUUUAGUAUUAAAAAAUGAGAAGGGAAAUUUUAACAUUCACAGAAUUAAUACAGGGCUUCCAGUGAUUAUGUCCUUUGCCUCUCUGUAUUUCAUAUAUGGAUUAGACCUAUUUGUCGCAAGCUAACUAUAUUAGGAGACUUGCAUAAUUCACAGCUUCAUUGUAUUAUGGUCGUACAAUAUAAUUUCUAAAUUAGACUUGGAUGGACAGCUAUUGCAGAGUAUUUGUUAAAGAAUGUUAAAUAUUUAUCUGGAAUUUCUAAGUGCUGAAGUUCAUUAUACAGCACUGUACAAUAUUACAAAAACAAUGAAAUGACAUUAAUUAGUAUUAUUCUGUCUUGCUUUUAUGAUUCAUGUUUCUUUAAGACACUAUAUGUAAUGACUGUUGAUCUUUCAGGUUUGAUAUUUUUAUUAUUGUUCUGUCGGUAUUAUUAAUGGCAUAACUUGUGUUUCUUUUAUGUACAUAUUAGAGAAAUUAUGUUGACCUAAACUGCUGCGGAGUUUAAAUUCUUAUUUUGAAAAGCACAUUUCUUGCAAAUCAGAGAAUUAGCUUUUUGGAGAGUUCUCAUGUUACCUGUCUGUUUACUUUGCUAAAAGUUUAUCAUGUUAAAUAUU